AAAGCAGAAUGACAGGAAUGCAAGAAUUAAUGCGUGGACACUCGUGUCAGUUUUAAGCUCAGCAGGUCUGUGGCUGAACUGUGCCCCAGCAUUUAAACUGUGAUGCUUGGAUCUAAAUGGUUGUAAUUCCUUGUCUUGAAACAGAGAGAACGUGAGCUCGAGGAAGGAGGUGUUGGAAUGAGCUUGACUCAAGAGAACGCUGGGAGGAAGGAGGAGGGUGGGAAGCGAGAGAUGAUAAGCCCAGCUCUGAGAGAAGCGCUCACAAAACAAGGUUACAAGCUGAUUGGGAGCCAUUCUGGGGUGAAGCUCUGCCGAUGGACAAAGACAUCAUACAAAUCCAGUGGGCACAGAGUGGCAAUGGAAGAUGGACCAACCUGAAAUGAUCUUGCAGGAGGCUAUUGAGAACCAUCAGAAUAUGAUCAAGCAGUUCAAAGGCGUCUCAGGAUUACAAGCAGCUCGCUUUGAGGAAGCAAUGACCGCAAAGCAGUGCGCACUGUCACUGGUGGGAGAGCCCAUCAUGUACCCGGAGAUCAACCGGUUUGUGAGGCUCCUGCACCAGCACAGCAUCUCUACCUUCCUGGUUACAAAUGCACAGUUCCCAGAUGAGAUUAGGAACCUUGAGCCAGUGACGCAGCUGUAUGUCAGCGUGGAUGCCAGCACCAAGGAAAGCCUGAAGAGAAUUGAUUGGCCCCUCUUCAGGGAUUUCUGGCAGAGGUUUCUGGACAGUUUAAAGGCCUUGUCUGAAAAGGUACCCAGUAAAGAGUGUGCUCUGAAAUAUUCUUUCUUCUUGGCCGUAUCCACUCAGUACAAACGGAGAAGACUUGAGAGGCUUAAGAUGGACCGUGGAGUGGGUUCUGGGUGUAUUCGGAGCAUAUUUACAUGUUUUAUACAUUGAAGUGUAUAAAGUCCAGCACGUUUGAUCAGUUUUCCAUAUGGGGAGAAAUGUAAUGACAAAAAGAGAGCAGAAUAUGUGUCAAAUGGGACAGUAAACUCUGCUGUGAAUAUAAGAUGCUAUGAGAGAUGAAGAGAUUAUAAAAGAAUAGAACAUUUCCUAAUGGAGCAUUUACACUGCAAGCAGGCUGCUGAAGGAAAACUGGAAAUCCAGGGAAGCUUAGGAAGAGUCAUAAAUUGCCAUGUGACUCUUAGCACUGGUUCUCAAAGGAUGCAGUAGAUA